UUGCAGUUUUACAAGUUUAAAAUUGAGGUAAAUGAGAUCACUGGUCUAGUUAUAGGGAAAGAAAUCAGAAAACGAUGCGGAAACGAAGGGUGGCAUCAGGAUCUGGAUGAUGUGGAUCGGACAACAUUGAGAUUUCUGAGAGCAGCCAACUCAUUCAUCCCUGAUGCUAGGGACGAUGGCGCCAACAUGAGAAAUUGUGCCUUCAUUCUUANCAUUGAGAUUUCUGAGAGCAGCCAACUCAUUCAUCCCUGAUGCUAGGGACGAUGGCGCCAACAUGAGAAAUUGUGCCUUCAUUCUUAGACAACCCGGAAGUGAGUUUGUCAUCAUUUCUGGAAACGGAGAUUGGGAGUAUGAUUUCUGCGAGGGAGCCGAUGGCGAGAUUUAUGGCCGCUGCCAACGCAUGCCACUUCUGCGCUAUGCUUGGAAUGCAGCCAAGUCAGCGGUCGUUCGCGUAUUUACCUUUGGUCUUUCAACUGGUUUGAGGGCUUUGACAUAUUUUUAA